UGCCCCAUCAUUGGUGUCAGUGGGAGGAAUAGUGUCCCAACAUUGGUGUCAGUGGGGGGAAUAGUGCCCCAUCAUUGGUGUCAGUGGGGGGGGAAUAGUGCCCCAUCGUUGGUGUCAGUGGGGGGAGGAAUAGUGCCCCAUCGUUGGUGUCAGUGGGAGGAAUAG